AUGGCGCGCUCCCAAACAACAGCGCGGCCGGGGAGCAGCGAGCAGGACAUGUGGUCGACUUUGCUGGACAAAGUGGCCAGUGGAAAGAGGCUGCCCGACAAGAAGUUGGUCAUCCUAGGCGGCUCCCAGGACUCUCAGCGCGACUUUGUCGAAUCUCUGGCACAACAACAACAGCAACAGCAAAAGACGACUCGCCUACGAAAGCCCGACCAGAAGAAUGCCGCUCCUGUACUGGCUACCCGCUUCGGACUGGGCUACACCUACCACAAUGUCUUUGACAGCGAUCACGAGGACAUGGUCGCGAGACUGUCGCUAUACACUCUGACCUCCCCCGACAAGCAGUACGCACCUCUGCUCGCUCGUCUCCUCACUGCCGAUGCUAUACCCAAUACUGUUGCUGUCGUACUCCUCGAUUGGGCAAAGCCAUGGGACUUCGUCCACACACUUCGCCAAUGGGUGCGGCUGCUCAACCUGGCCACCUCCUCUCUCGACGAGACUGCCCAGAUCGCCCUGCAAGAGAACAUGUCCACAUGGCAACACCGACGCGAUCGCGACAUUGCCACGUCAAUGACAGACAAUCACACUCCUCUACCUCUGGGCCCCGGCGAACACGAUGACCCGCUAGGCCUCCCUCUCCUGGUAGUCUGUCAAAACGCCCAGCACAUUGAGUCCCUGGAGAAAGAGCGAGGCUACCGCGAGGCACACUUCGACUAUAUCCUACAAUUCCUGCGCACCGUACUCCUCAAACACGGUGCCGGCCUCGUCUACACCAUGCCCGCCCAACCAGCAUCCCUCCAACCUCUCGUCCACCACGCCCUGGACAUAAACUCCUCUACCGACACCCCCCCAAAACACAACGUCGUCGACCGCGACAGAGUCCUCGUGCCCCCAGGCUGGGACAGUUGGGGCAAGAUCCGCGUCUUGCGCGAAGGCUUCGACGUCGAAGGCAUCAGCCGCGCCUGGGGUGUAGAGAUUCAAGACCUGCCCUCCUCACCCUCUUCACCUACUCUUCCUUCAACACCAGAAGCACAAACGAGCAGUGGAGCAGAAGAUACCCCUUUUGCGGAACAAGACACCACAACCUCUCUCUACGAGCAACAAAUCCAAAACCCACAUCCGCCUGCCCCUUCGCUGCCGAAAUUAGAGGUGGAAUGUACACCCGAUCAAACCUUCCUAGCCGCACAAGCAGAAAGUCUCGAUCGUUAUCGUGCUGAUGAUGAAGCUGCCAAAAAGGCAAGAGAAGCGAGGAGAGUAGCCAAUGGAGUGACAGGCACACCCAGUGGUAAUGAUGAGAGUGGUGCCAAAGCAAUGGCUGAACAUGUGGGACCUGUACAGUUCAAUAUGGGCGGUAUCCAAUAUGAUGCUGAUGAAGUGUUGAGGCGAUUGAAGGAACGCAACAAACCCUCCACGGCAUCUUCGUAUGCUGGCGGCACAACAACACCUUUCAGUCCUCAAUCUCCACAACAACCUUCUAGCUCUGGCACAACGACACAAGAUGUCGCCAAAGACUUGCCGACUGAGAAUCUAGAAGCUUACUUUGCUAGUUUGAUGAAAGGUGGUAGAGGGUCUACUAACUCGGCACAGAAUAGUCCGAGACCUACUAGAGAUGCUGGGGUGUAG